UGUUGUUAGUCUAUAACAAAAUAAUGUCGCGUCAUAUAUUGAUUAUAGUGUUGCUUUUCAUGAUUUAUGGAAAAGGAACACAGUUAAAAUGGGAUUGUCCACGAAGGAUUGAUGUUCCAGAAAAAUGUACGUGUGAAUGGAGAGGACCCUUAAGGAUAGAAUGCAAAGAUUUAAUGAACGAAAGAGAAUUAAAAUCAAUUAUGAAAUUUUUUUCCGAUUAUAAUGUAAAUCAAAUUAAAAUAGAGGACUCCGUUCUGAUGUAUUUACCCAAACAAUUAUUUGUGGAUUUCAAAUUACAAAUUAUCCAAAUAUUUAAUACUGAAAUUUUAGGUCUUGAAUCAGAUAAUGGAUCAGAAAUGUUUAGUGGAUUGGAAAAUAGUUUAAUUGCUUUUUACUUGCAAAAUGUUACAGGACUUCCAUCUUGGAGAUGGACGGCAUUUUCAACUUUAAAAGGACUUAAAUGGUUUUCAAUUAAGAAUAGUGACUUAAUUAAUGUCAGGGAAGAGUUUUCUUCUGUUUCUCCUCUCUCUAUACACGAUAUUAAAAUGGAAGAUAAUGAAAUUAAAUAUGUAAGUAAUUAUUCUUUCAAAAAUCAUGAAAAAUUAAUGUAUUUAAGUAUGGAUAGAAAUAAAAUUGAAUCGAUUUAUCGAGAUGUAUUGCCAAAUCCUGCUAUAAACUUAAAAGCUGUUUCAUUCAGAGGAAACAGAAUAUCCGUUAUUCCGGAUGACUUUUUUAAUAAUAUGCCUGCUUUAGAAAAUGUCUGGUUGAAUGAAAACAAAAUUAAAUUUUUUUCGAUGAAUACUUUCCACGUAAUGGAACAAGGGCAACGAUUUCUUGUUGAUUUAAGAGGUAACUUGGAAAUAUAA